UUGUGUCGCUAAUGCAGUCUUGACUGCGUCACUACGUAUUCGCCAUGUAACGGAGAAUCAGAUGGAAUUUCUCAUGGGGAAUAUGGGUUCUAGAAUCAUUUAAAACCCCGGGAUUCCUUCGUUAUUCUUGAUGGACCUGCAGUGAAUUCAUCUCUCAAUUCCAAACCUCGAUCGGUCCACUAUAAUAACCCUUGCAGUUGAAUCCUUCAGCAGCUUUAGUACGCAUCAUUGCUCAGCCACAAUACACCAGUCAUUCCAUAUAUUUCAUAAUGCCUAACAAGACUCUUAUCUUCAAGAAGGUCCCGAACGGCUGGCCCGUUGCGGGCGAGCAUUUGGCCGUCGAGGACCGUCCUUUCGACCAAGAUGCCGCAGCUCCUAGUGGGGGUCUUACAGCAGAGGUCCUUUACGCUUCUUUCGAUCCCUAUCUGCGGGGUAGGAUGAGAGAUGCUGGAGUUGCCAGCUACUCAGCCGCCUUUGAGUUGAACGGUCCGUUCGUCAACGGCACAGUGGCCCGCAUCCUCAAGUCGGAGAACUCUGACUUCAAGGCUGGUGACAUCAUCGUUGGAUACACACCGAUUGCAGAGUACGUUACUAUACCUGAGCCGGCAAAGCAGGCAGUACGAAAGAUCGACAACCCGCACAACUUGGACCUGGCUCUUUUCCUUGGUCCCCUGGGCAUGCCCGGACUCACUGCCUGGUCUGGCCUGUACAAGAUCGGUAAGCCCAAGGCGGGCGAGACCAUCUUCAUCAGUUCGGCCGCAGGUGCAGUUGGGCAGGUCGUUGGGCAAAUCGCAAAGCACGAGGGUCUGACCGUCAUUGGAUCCGUUGGCUCCGAUGAGAAGCUUGACUUCAUUACCAAGGAGCUCGGCUUCAACGCUGGUUUCAACUACAAGAAGGAGAAGCCGCAGGAGGCCUUGGCCCGAUUGGCGCCCAAGGGCAUCGACAUUUACUUCGAAAACGUUGGUGGUGAGCACCUCGAGGCGGCGUUGAACCACAUGAACGCCAACGGCCGUAUUCCAGUUUGUGGAAUGAUCUCUGAAUAUAACAAGAAGCCCGAGGAGCGCACGGGAAUCCAGGGACUGACGCAGAUUGUAACCAAGACCCUGGCCCUGGAGGGUUUCCUGGUCAAUAAGCCCGGCUUCGGAGAUGCUCACUUCAAGGAUCAACAGGAGAGAGGCCAGAAGUGGAUUUCCGAGGGCAGCUUCAAGCCCAAGUUGCACAUCACUGACGGUAUUGACAACGCCGCAGAGGGCUUUAUUGGUAUGCUGAGGGGGGACAACUUUGGCAAGGCCGUGCUGAAGAUCAAGGCUUAGAUAUUGCUAUAUGGACAGAAAUUAGCCGACUAUGCAAAAUCCAAAACAGUAAAACCGAGAUUCUGCCUCAUGUGACUUUCCAUGGUUUUCUGGUAUGCGUUUUGUGAAAUGCGGACACGAAGGCGGUCCCUGAUGAGAAGAGGCAAUGAUGACGCAAGCGAAGC